ACGUGACAGAUAAAAAUAGUUCAGGUAUCCUUGACCCAACAAACUCCUCUCUGAGAACGUGCCCGCUGAAACACCAAAGACUCCAAAGCGUGAUUAUUGGAGCACUUUCUGUAAUAGACCGGAGUAUCACACUUGUCUGUCCAAGUACAGUCCAAAGGACAUCACUAGCUCAAAGGACACCACUAGCAAGUUGAAUCAUAAGGGUGAUAUUCAGAGCGUCUACUGGCUGAAGGCAUGGCUCCAGGAGCCUCGUGGCUGCUGACGCUUUAGCUCUCUCAAAGCCAUACGGUGGGAAGCAACAGAACUGCUCUCUUACAAAGACACUGAGGCCCCAGCGGAUCACACAGUGAGAAGCGCAGGGUGAAGGCCACGCCCGGGCAGCCUGGCUCAGCCUCCUGUCCACCCAGGCCCCGCGGCCACCCCACGGGCACUGUGUUCAUGCAGGAGAAGGAAGUGAGUCCCCAGGUGCCACGGUGGCAAGGCGUCCCAGAUGUAUUGAUAAGGAAAGGAAGCAAGUCGCAAAACGAUGGCGUCUGCGGUGUUGCUGUGGGCUACCCCCUGGACACGGUGAAGGUCAGGAUCCAGACAGAGCCCAAGUACACGGGCAUCUGGCACUGCGUCCGGGACACGUAUCGCCGAGAGCGGGUGUGGGGCUUCUACAGGGGCCUCUCGCUGCCCGUGUGCACCGUGUCCCUAGUGUCGUCCGUGUCUUUCGGCACCUAUCGCCACUGCCUUGCACACGUCUGCCGGUUCCGGUAUGGCAGCGCCGACACCAAGCCCGCCAAGAUGGACAUCACGCUCUCCGGAUUUGCCUCCGGCCUCGUCCGCGUGUUCCUGACCUCGCCCACCGAGGUGGCCAAGGUCCGCCUGCAGACGCAGGCGCAGAAGCAGACGCAGCAGCGGCGCCCCUCGGCCUUGGGGCCCUCGGCUGCGCCCCCCACGUGCCCUGCGCCCGCUGUGGGUCGGGCGCCAGGGCCCAAGUACCGCGGGCCGCUGCACUGCCUGGCCUCGGUGGCCCGGGAGGAGGGGCUGCGCGGCCUCUACAAGGGCAGCUCGGCCCUGCUUUUCCGGGACGGUCACUCCUUUGCCACCUACUUCCUCUCGUACGCCGUCCUCUGUGAGCAGCUGACUCCUGCUGGCCGCAGCCGGCCAGACGUCUUGGGCGUGCUGGUGGCUGGUGGCUGUGCAGGGGUGCUGGCCUGGGCCGUGGCCACCCCCAUGGACGUGAUCAAGUCGCGCCUGCAGGCAGAUGGGCAGGGCCAGCGCCGCUACCGGGGCCUCCUGCACUGCGUGGUGACCAGCGUUCGGGAGGAGGGGCCAAGGGUGCUCUUCAAGGGGCUGUCGCUCAACUGCUGUCGCGCCUUCCCCGUCAACAUGGUGGUCUUUGUCACCUACGAGGCCGUGCUGAGGCUCAUGCAGGGCCUGCUCUCAUAGCUGGCGCCCAUCCCCCGGGUCCAACCUGCCAGCAGCUUCCAGAGGCCGCAGGGGCUGGAGGGGGCGGAGGGGAGUGUCGGGGUCUGGGCCCCAUGGGGCCAUCCCCCCGACUGACCACGAGGAGGUCAAGGGGCCCAGGGCUGGCCUGAGGGUCACAGGAGCCAGGGAGAAGUGGGCCUCUGGGAUGAGGAUGCAGCCGCCUGGAGCCGUCUUUGCGUGUGGUCAGUGGCUCGUCCCGGCUCCCCUCCCACCUCGUCCCGCUGCCCCCUCGGCUCCCCACCCUUCUCUCGCCGCUCAGCUCUCCCUGCUGUGCAGUGUGCUCUUCAUUCCUGGUUCUCAGACGCAGCCAACUGGUCUCCCCACCAGCCGGAACCCGGGUGCAGCCGCCUGGCACCCGGCGUGCUCGGUCCCCACACCAGGAUGCUCAGGGAGGUGUCGCCUGAGCCCGGUCACCCCCCCUCACUCUGCCUGUGGACCCGAGACUCAGCGGCGAGCUGUUGCCAAUAAAAUGUUUCUCGGGCA